UUUUUGUUGUUUUUUUUUUUUUUUUCCUUUUUCAAGAGAAUUCCCGAUCCCCACCUCGCCUCCCCAGCACCGCCGCCGCGUACUGGCUUUGUUUUUACGAUUUCCCCCCAACGAAUCACUUGUCAGAUCAAUUCUGUCUUCCCCCUCCUCCCUCCUUCCCGCUCUCCCCUCCUCCCCCAUCGAAAACCCCGUUCUCCGAGGUUAGACAUUUUACAAACCAUAUAUGCUGUUGGUCCGAUUGUGAUUUUCCCCCCCUUAACCCCUCUUUUCCGUGACUACUCUUCCAGACGCUUAUCUGCCCUUCCCCCGCCUAGGGGGGCGAGGGUAAAGGAGGAGAAAAUAAUACAAUUUCAGGGGAAGUCGCCUUCAGGUCUGCUGCUGCUUUUUUUUUUUUUUUUAUUUAAAAAAAAAAAAAAAAAAGGACAUAGAAAACAUCAUUCUUGAACUUCUCUUCGAGAACCCGAGCUGCAAAGGAAAUCUCCUUUGUUUUUGUUAUUUAUAUGCUGUCAAGUUUUGAAGUGGUGAUCUUCAGAGACUGACUGAGUAUGGAUCAUUUGAAUGAGGCAACUCAGGGGAAAGAACAUUCAGAAAUGUCUAACAAUGUGAGUGAUGCGAAGGGCCCGCCAGCCAAGAUUGCCCGCCUGGAACAGAACGGGAGCCCGCUAGGACGAGGAAGGCUUGGGAGCACAGGUGCAAAAAUGCAGGGAGUGCCUUUGAAACACUCGGGUCAUCUGAUGAAAAGCACCCUGAGGAAAGGAACCAUGCUCCCGGUUUUCUGCGUGGUGGAACAUUAUGAAAAUGCCAUUGAAUACGAUUGUAAGGAGGAGCAUGCAGAAUUUGUGUUGGUGAGGAAGGAUAUGCUUUUCAACCAGCUGAUAGAAAUGGCCUUGCUGUCUCUGGGUUAUUCACAUAGUUCUGCUGCCCAGGCCAAAGGGCUGAUCCAGGUUGGGAAGUGGAAUCCGGUCCCACUGUCUUACGUGACAGAUGCCCCCGAUGCUACAGUAGCAGAUAUGCUUCAAGACGUGUAUCAUGUGGUCACAUUGAAAAUUCAGUUACACAGUUGCCCCAAACUGGAAGACCUGCCUCCCGAGCAGUGGUCGCACACCACCGUGAGGAACGCGUUGAAGGACUUGCUGAAGGAUAUGAAUCAGAGCUCCUUGGCGAAGGAGUGCCCCCUCUCACAGAGCAUGAUCUCCUCCAUUGUGAACAGCACUUACUAUGCAAAUGUCUCAGCGGCAAAAUGUCAAGAAUUUGGAAGGUGGUACAAACAUUUCAAGAAGACAAAAGAUAUGAUGGUGGAAAUGGAUAGUCUGUCGGAGCUGUCCCAGCAGGGUGCCAACCACGUCAGCUUCGGCCAGCAGCCCGCCCCGGGGAGCACGGCGGAGCAGCCCCCCUCGCCUGCCCAGCUGUCCCACGGCAGCCAGCCAUCCGUGCGGACGCCGCUGCCCAACCUGCACCCUGGGCUGGUGUCGACGCCCAUCAGCCCUCAGCUGGUCAACCAGCAGCUGGUGAUGGCCCAGCUGCUCAACCAGCAAUAUGCCGUGAACAGACUCCUAGCCCAGCAGUCCUUAAACCAACAGUACUUGAACCACCCUCCCCCCGUCAGCAGGUCUAUGAAUAAACCUUUGGAGCAGCAGGUUUCCACCAACACAGAGGUGUCUUCCGAAAUCUACCAGUGGGUACGUGAUGAACUGAAACGGGCAGGAAUCUCCCAGGCAGUAUUUGCACGUGUGGCUUUUAACAGAACUCAGGGCUUGCUUUCAGAAAUCCUCCGAAAGGAAGAGGAUCCCAAGACUGCGUCCCAGUCUUUGCUGGUAAACCUUCGGGCUAUGCAGAAUUUCUUGCAGUUACCGGAAGCUGAGAGAGAUCGAAUUUACCAGGAUGAAAGGGAAAGGAGCCUGAAUGCGGCCUCGGCGAUGGGUCCUGCCCCGCUGAUUAGCACACCGCCCAGCCGCCCUCCCCAGGUGAAAACAGCUACUAUCGCCACUGAGAGGAAUGGGAAACCAGAGAACAGUACCAUGAACAUUAAUGCUUCCAUUUACGACGAGAUUCAGCAGGAAAUGAAGCGUGCUAAAGUUUCCCAAGCUCUGUUUGCAAAGGUGGCAGCUACCAAAAGCCAGGGGUGGCUGUGUGAGCUGUUACGCUGGAAAGAAGACCCUUCUCCAGAAAACAGGACCCUGUGGGAGAACCUCUCCAUGAUCCGAAGGUUCCUCAGCCUCCCCCAGCCGGAACGCGAUGCCAUCUACGAACAGGAGAGCAACGCGGUGCAUCACCACGGCGACCGGCCGCCGCACAUCAUCCACGUGCCCGCCGAGCAGAUUCAGGUUCGUGCACCUCGGCCGCUGCAAGGAGAGUCUAGAGGCAUUGGGCCCCAAGGCUGGCACUGCUCCACAGGUGAGCAGGCACAGGUUAGCCAGCCAGAGGGGGACACACAGAAGGCUGGUGCUGAGACCUGCUCCCUGGUCGGGAUGCUCAGCCUUGGAAAGGCCACGCUAACAGUGGUGUUGGCCAAAUACACUGCGCCCACAGGCUGGCCUGCGUUUGUGUCCGGCACCCGUCCCCACCUUCCGAUCCCGGCAGGUCAUGUGCUCGCUCCUUCCAGGCCCCUGUGUGCCGCGCGCGAAGCCGCACGCGCAGUGCCUAGGUGUUGCGCAGGAGCCGGGCCUGCGCAGUGGCCAGGCGUUGCGCAGGGGCCGAGCAUGCGCAGUGGCCCGGCACGCGCAAUGACCAGGCGUUGCGCAGGGACCGAGCAUGCGCAGUGGCCAGGCACGCGCAGUGGCCAGGCGCGCGGGCCGGGCACGUGCGGCGCCGCUGAUUUUGUGCCGGUGUUUCCCCGCAUCGCGGCGGCGCCGGCCGAGGCGGAGGACGAGAGCCGGCCGAAGGCGCGGCCGCGGACCAAGAUCUCAGUGGAGGCGCUGGGCAUCCUGCAGAGCUUCAUGCAGGACGUGGGGCUGCACCCGGACGAGGAGGCCAUCCAGACGCUGUCGGCGCAGCUGGACCUGCCGCAGCACACCGUCAUCAAGUUCUUCCAGAACCAGCGCUACCACCUCAAGCACCACGGCCGGCUGAAGGACCACGCGGGCCUGGAGGUGGACGUGGCCGACUACAAGGACGACGAGCUGCUGCCGGACCCGGAUGAGGCUGCGCCGGGCGCGGGCGCCAGCCCGCUCUUCGCGGUGAAGCUCGAGGACGAGCCGGCGGCUGACGGCAGCACGGACGCGAGCGCCGACGCCAGGGACUGAGCUGCGGGCCCCCAGCCGCGCCCCCGGCCGGGGUCCGCCCCGCCGUCCAGCCGGGGAGUCGUCAGAAACUUGCACAAACGGGAACGUCGAGAAAGGCUGACACUGACUGCACUAAACGUUUUCCUCUCUCUUACGAACUGCUUGGCAGCCCCAGGUGAAGCAUCGGAUUGUUUGGUAUUAAAAAUGGAAAAUUUGUGUUCACGGAACACACCCGGGUGUGUGUGCCCGUAAGCAUGAUAACCAGUGAUUUUUUUUUUAAUUUUAUAAUUAUUAUUCUGGAGCCUCAAAACAAGCAUUAUAACUUCUGUGAUUAUCAUUUCCUUCCUUUGUUUCUGUAACACUUCACACUUAUCUUUGGAAACUCGCCCCUUGUUUUAAAAAAGAAAAAGAGUUUGUUACUCUAUUGUAUGUUGCAGAAGAACUAUAGACUGUGGAAUGCAGUUUGAAGAUGACAUAUGCCAACAAAUGCCUUGUAUUAUAUGGCACUGCCGUAAUUCAAAUUUGUUUUUAUUUUGGAAAUAAAAGUUCACUGUAAUUUUUUUCAUUCUCAUUGUUACAAGAUUUUUUAAAAAAUGAAAAGAAAAUGUGAAACACAAUUUAGUCCUCAUUAUUUAUUUGUAGAUCCUGCAGCAUCAUGUUGUAAUUAAUUUUUGGAAGUUUCCGUUAAAUGUAAUAUUGCUUCUCUUGUUACCAUACUGGUUCUUUUCUAUUUAUAAAUGUAUUUUGAUGGGCAGUAAAACAAAGUGUCUUAAAAGUUUUAAAUAGAUAAAAUGUGCUUUACACAGUUGCCUAUAAAAAGUGCUCUAUGUUAUCCAAGCAAUUCAUACUAUAAGCUUCACUCUUAUUGUUGUAUGCAAUUUUUACUAUCAUGCAAAUAAGCUUAGGUUAAUAAAACUAAUAGAUCACCUUAGAAAAUUAUGCAAUUAAUGUGAAAAUAAUUGAUGUUUGCAACGUGUCUUCCUUUGGUUUACAAUCAAUUUUAAAGCUACAUCUGUAUAAAAUUUCUGUAUAAAGGUGUUAUUUCUUUUUUAUGAGUUUAUGGCUAUGAAAACACCAGCUAUUUUGUUACAGCUGGCUGUUUUUAUAAGUGUAUCACAAUUUUCUUUAUGCAGAAAUGUUCUGAUUAGGAGUGGUUAUUGACUGUAACUACACAAUUAAAAUUGUUUGUAUGGUAUGA